AUGAAAACUACUGAAGAUAGUAAACCAAAACCACCUGAAAAAAUAUUAUUAGAUAAUAUCGCUUCUAUUUUCUUUCCUGAUGCUUCAUAUGUAGACCCUUUUGGUUUUUUUGACACAGAUGAAGAAGAAGCAACUAAUGUAAAAUUUGAUAAUAGUGAAAUAAAAUAUGAUAAAACUUCUUACAAAGAUAAAAAUAUUGUUACAAAUUCAUUAAUCGCAGUAAAUAGAUUUGGUCAAAGUUUUACUAAAGAUUUUCCUAAAGCAUUUAAAUUGAGAUUACAUGGAUUUUUCAAUCAAGUAAAUAUGAGUAUAAUAUUAAAUGCUGGUAAAGAAGGUGUAAUUAUUGAUUCUGAAAAUACUAAAAAAAUAUACGAACCACCUGGUAAUUUCAUAAUAACAUUGUCUUUUCUAAACGGAAAAAAAACUGGAGACGCUAAUGAAAAAGAAAAUGAGAAAAAUUUUCCUUUCAUGAAAGAACAAAUUGAAUUAGAAGAUAUUUUCAAAAAAGGAACAUUUAGAUUUGAUAAUACUGAUGAUAAUAUAAAAUCACGCAUAAAUGAAGAUAAAUGGGAAUUUAUGUUUGCUGUUGAUACACCUGUUAAUGUAAAUGAAUUAUCAAAAAAUACCCAAAUGAAUAAACCACAAUGGUAUGAUUUCAACACACAACUUUAUUACACACAUACGAACAAAGGACAAAAAAAUGAAUCACAAGGAAUGCCAUAUGGUGUAAAAAGAGUAGAUGAAGAAAAAAAUUUGAUAAUUUACUGUUGUGAUAAAGAAACUAUAACUGAUAGUAAAGGACAACAAACUAAUAUUGUCGGAUACCAACCAAAUAUCAUAUGGGUUUUAACUAUGACAUUAGACUCAGAUAUAAUGAAAAAAAACAUUGAAAAUAGCUUGAAAAUACCAAACAUAGAAUAUAAUACUGAUAUAACAUUCUUUGGAAAGGAACCUUUAUUUCCAACACAUCCUGGACCUUUUCUCCUGAUUAAUAAAAUUAUACCAAUGAUAGCUUACGAAACCAACAUAGAUAGUGUAGCAAACCUCAAACACGCAAGUGGAUCUGCAUUGAAACAAUUAGUAGAUGCUGUAAAGCAUGCUAUAGAAAAUCCUGAUAAAGAAUUUGAUAUUCCGUUUGAUCCUAACAGCAAUAUAUUAUCUUAUUACAAUAAAAAAAUCAAUGAAAAAACUAAAAUCGUUGAAUUGCAACCAAAAAGUUUAUUAUAUAAUCAAAUACAAAAUAAUACAAGAUUAGGACCUUGGAACAUUAAAGAAUUAAAUGAUGUUAUCAAACAGAAAGGAAAUGAAUUAAUUGAAAAAUCUAUUUCAGAAAUCAAAAACGAAAAAGAUCAAGAUAAAAUUAAAAAAAACAUAGAAUCAUUAAAAAAAAUUAAUAAAUUUUUCAUAAACGAUAAAGAUAAAUUCAAUAAAGAUCUCGAUCUAUUACAAUCAAAAUUAAAAAUAAUAAAUGACUCUAAAAUUAGUCCAAAUAUUUUAAAUAAUCAUGUCUCUAUUACAUUCCUCGAAAGAAGAAAAAAAAAUUUCAAAUUAAAACCAUUAUAUUUUUUCUCUAAUAUCUCUCUUAAAAAUUCUUUAAAAAUAAUAUUAGAUAGAUAUAAAAAAAAUGUUGAAGUAGAUAAUGAAAAUAUCAUUCAUAUAAAUAAAAUUAUAUUAUCCAAUCUCAAAUCUUAUAAAGGAAACUUUUAUACAAAACCUUGGAAACCUUUUACACAUCAUG